CCAGUAUGGCAGAGGAGGAGUCCAUGAGCCAGGAGGACUGGAAGGAGAAGUGUUUCGUCCUUGAGGCUCUGCUCAUGAAGUUCCGCGUGCAGAUCAUCAAGAUUCGAGAGCUCACCGCUGACAAGAUUCAACAACUGGAGACGCAGGUGAUCGAUGCAGAGAAACGGGCCUUCACCGCUCAGCAGCAGGUGCAGUGGAUGGAGGAGAAGCUGAAGGCUCCAGACAGUCAAUCGGGAGACUCGGAGGUGCGUUUGUUUCAACGUUGCCAAGAGCUGCAGGCCUCGGUGCAAGAGAAGGAGGAUGUUAUCUCCCAGCUGGAGCAGCAGCUGGAGGAGCAGAAACAAAUACGACAACAGGAUGCCAAGACAGUGGAGGAAAAAGCGGCUAAGAUCAAAGAGUGGGUGAUGCUGAAGUUGUCUGAGUUUGAAGUGGAGAAUGCUGCACUGAGAGAAACCAACAAGAAACAGGAAGCUCAGAUUUUGGAGCUGCAGAAACAAGUGCAUGAGUUUGAGCAGAGGUGCAGCGGCGGCGGACGAGGAGUCCUCUGCAGACCGGGUGAGGCCCAGCGUCUCAGCAGCCUGACGUUCGGCUGCUUCCAGGUGAGAGGGAAAAGCCCGCAGGUCCUCACCGGUCCAGCACCCUCACAGAGGACCCUCAGCACCCAAGAAGAGACCGGGGGAAGAGAUAAAACUGAGAAGAGUAGUAAGCAGUCGGCCUCCUCGGAGACAGACGGAGAGGUCCAGAGACCGGACCAGGCCGAACACGUGGGCGCUCCUCUGGAAGAUGACAGUGCGUCCGAAAGCCUCGGCGAGAACACCCGCGGCUCAAGCUCCCGCGGCGUCUCCUCGGUGCUCUCCAGCGCUGCAUCGGAGGGGGAGGGGGGAGGAGGGAGCGAGGGCAGAGAAGGAGGCAGUGGAGGGUGCAGUCUGGAGUUCAGCCGGCCCGGCAGCGAGACCUACCUCACCGCCUCGGACGACAGCAGCUCUCUGUUUGACGAUGACAUGCAGCGAGCGGGGUCAUCAGACGGGGCGCUGGGGGGGAGCAAGGAGGGGGAGGAGGAGGUGCACAGGGCUAAACUGGAGGACUGCACCUCCGAGGAGCUCAACAAACGAUUCCAAUCGCAGAGACUCGACUCUUCGUCCUCCUCCAGCGAACCUAACACCCCAAGCCCCAUCCUCACACCAGCUCUCACCCCUAAACGACCCAACCCGCCCCAGGACCUGAGAGACACCCCCGCCUCGCCCAAACAGCCCAGACUGCGGACCCCGGCAGGGUUCGGCUUGAUUAACGUGUCCCUCGCUAAGAAACACCUGAGCCAGCCACCAAUCAGCACGGAGGCAGCGCACGGACAAACACGCAACGCUCUCAGCAUGCUGCGCCCCCUCCGGCCGCAGGAAACCGACCUCGACCAGGAGCAGGAGGUCGGCAUGGAGACGGGAAAGGACGCGUCUCCCCGAAUCCCCCCCAGCUCAAAAGCUGCGACCCCUUUGCUGUCAAUACAGAUCCCACCUGUCCCCUCUGAGCACGGCACAGAGAUGAGCGCGGACUGUGACAGCUCAACUCCCGGCAGCAAACCUCCCACUCCCCCUUUACACAGACUGCCCUCCUGGGAGAGUCGUAUUUAUGCCGUGGCUAAAUCAGGUAUCAGACUGUCUGAGACUUCCUGCACAGACCCUGCUAGUAAAGACCCCUCCCUGCAGUCCUCCUAUCCUGCCUUUGUAAUGUACACAUCUCUCAUCUAUAGAAACAUGACUACACCAGUUUACACUACUCUGAAGGGGAAAGCCACUCUGUUGAGCAGCAGUCCGUUCUCAGAUGAAUCGUCCAGCUCCGAGGAGUCGUCCAGUUCCGGAGAGGAGGACGGCUCCUUCUGCAGCUCCCACACCUCCUCCAGCUCACGCAAGGACAGCAGCCCAGGCAGCCCGCGCUCUCUCAAGAGAGCUGUGUCCAUGUCUUCAAUGACAUCAGAGAGCGACUAUGCAAUCCCCCCUGAUGCCUACUCCACUGACACAGAGUGUUCCGAACCAGAGCAGAAACUCCCCAAAACCUGCUCCUCAGCCAGUGACAACGGCAAGACUGAACCGAUGGAGAAGUCAGGCUACCUGCUGAAAAUGGUGAAGACCUGGAAGAAAACGUGGAAGAGACGCUGGUUUGUCCUCAAAGACGGAGAGCUGCUCUACUAUAAAUCACCUAGUGAUGUGAUCAGGAAACCACAAGGCCAGAUCGAGGUCAACGCCACCAGCAGCAUCGCUCGUGGAGAGGGAAAACAAGUUCUCCAGAUAGUAACAGGGAAGCGUGUUUACUACCUGAAGGCCGACUCUCCUAACCUGCUGGAGGAGUGGCUGCGGGUGCUGCAGAGCGUGCUGAGGCUGAAAGCUGCCAGUCCUCUCUUCACUCAGCCAGACAUCCGGCCCGGCAUGAAGGGACUGCUCAUCAAGGUGAAACACGGCUACUCUAAGCGGGUUUGGUGCGCUCUGAUUGGCAAAACGUUGUACUACUUUCGCAGCCAAGAGGACAAGUUCCCAUUGGGGCAGAUCAAGCUUUGGGAGGCCAGGGUGGAGGAGGUGGACAGGUCCCGGGAUUCAGAUGACGACCUGAAGGCGUGUGGUUUACAGGUAGCGCCCUUCACCAUCGGCAUCCAGCCGCAGGAGCAAGGACCCACUUACCUGCUCAUCGAGUCCCAACACGAGAAGGAAUCAUGGCUGUACCAUCUGUCUGUGGCAGCGGGAACCACAGUGGGUAAAGUUGGCACUGAGUUUGAACAACUGGUGGGAAAACUCUUUCAACUGGACGGAGAUCCAAACUCUCAGAUCUGGAGACAUCCCAUGUUGUGUUUCAGUAAGGAGGCUCUGUCGUCUCCUCUCACCACGCUGCCCUCACAGGCCUUACAAACUGAAGCCGUUAAACUCUUUAAGACUUGUCAGCUUUUCAUCAACGUGGCCAUCGAUGCUCCUGCCAUCGACUACCACGUCUCACUGGCCCAGAGUGCACUGCAGGUGUGUCUGACGCACCCCGAGCUUCAGAACGAGUUCUUCUGCCAGCUCAUAAAGCAGACGCGGAAGAGGCAGCCGCACGGCCAUCCAGGACCCCUGCAGGGUUGGCAGUUUCUAGCCUUGUGUGUAGGACUGUUUCUGCCUCAGCAUCCUUUCCUCUGGCUGCUGCAGGCUCACCUCAAAAGACACGGUGACUCCAGGACUGAGGUGGGUAAAUAUGCCAUCUACUGCCAGCGUUCUAUGGAGCGCACACAGCAGAAGGGGGAGAGGCAGGCCAGGCCGUCCCGUAUGGAAAUCCUGUCUAUCCUACUGAGGAAUCCCUAUCACCACUCCCUUCCUUUCAGCGUGCCUGUGCACUUCCUCAACAACACUUACCAGGUGGUGAGCUUCGACGCUUCGACCACAGUGGAAGAGUUCCAGUGUCGCCUCAACCAGGACACGGGUAUGAGGAAGACGGGACUGUCUGGUUUCAGCUUGUACACCGAUGACCCUACUGGACGAGAGCUGGAACACUGCCUGCAUCAAGGAGGCAUCAAGAUUUGUGAUAUUAUCUCUAAAUGGGAGCAAGCCUCUAAGGAGCAGCACACCGGCAAGUCUGAACACACCAGGACAGUCCGCCUCACCUACAAGAACAGGCUGUACUUCUCUAUCCAGGUGAGAGGGGAGUCAGAGAGGGAGAGGUUGCUGCUGGCCUAUCAGACGAAUGAAGCCAUCGUAGCGGGACACUUCCCAGUGAACAAGGAGCUGGCUCUAGAAAUGGCCGCCCUGCUAGCCCAGGUGGAGUUUGGGGAUUUUGAACGUCCUUUCUCUGCUCCUGGAUCAGCUCAGACCAAGUCUAACCAGACCCUGAAACAGGUCCUGGAUAGAUUCUAUCCUAAACACUACCGCAGGACUACAUCUGAAGACCAGCUCAGACAACUGCUCCAGCGCCUCUCUGCCCGCUGGGCCUCACUUAGGGGUCGAAGUUUGUCAGAGUGUGUCAGGAUUUACCUGACCGUCGCCAAGAAGUGGCCUUUCUUUGGAGCCAAAUUAUUUGAGGCAGAAUCCAUCACUCCGUCUCCAGAGCAGCGUGUACGUGUUUGGCUGGCAGUUCAUGAAGAUGGUAUCAGCGUCCUGGAGCACAACUCUAUCAAACCGCUGGUGUCCCACCCUUACAAGAGCCUGAUGACGUUCGGAGGCUGCAAACAGGACUUCAUGCUGGUGGUGGGGCAGAGCAUCUGUAGCAACGCCGCCAAAGACAAACCGUCCGAGAAACAUCUGUUCGCUAUGGAUGCCUCCAAGAUAAGAGAGAUCACCCUCCUCAUCUCCAGCUACAUCAACAGCGCCCAUCAGCAGAAGUCAGCCGCCCAUCACCUCUCCGCCCCGGCCCUGAUGGUGGCCCAGCCCAUCAGCCUGAAGAGCAAAGAGCUGAGGAGCAAAUCUCCACCGGCGCUGGGGCGCCCCAGCAAAGCCCCCACGCUGCUGUGACGGCCCCCGAUCUCACCUUUCUUUGUUACAUUAUUUAAAUUUGAAUAUGUAGGAUUUAAUUAUAGGUUUUAUU